UAGUAAAUGGCUUAAAGCUAUACAAUUAGAAAAAUAUAUUCCCACAAAAACAGCAGCAGUUUGUUGUGCUCAUUUUAAAGAAGCAGAUUAUGAAUUGAAUCAUCCACAACAUCACCAAAACACAACCUCUGUUGAAGAAAAUAUAAAUAAUGAAGCUGAAAAAAAUGAAGUACAGAUACAAGAAAUGGAUGUGAUGAAAGAAGAUGUAAACCUACCAGAAAUGGAUGUGACGAAAGAAGAUGAUACAUGCUCAUAUAAUCAUCGAAUGAUACAUCGUUCCACCAGUAUAUCACCUGAUAGGAUUAUGAAUUCACCAACUAAGUCUAGAAUUCGAAAAUUAUACAAAAAUGAAAUUACUGCUUUGAAAAGGAAGCUAUCUGUAAGUCGUUAUGAGCAAAAGAAAAUGCAGAAAAAGCUGGUUUCUCUAAAAAAUGUAUUAAAAGAUCUACAGAAGAGGAAUCUAUUAAGAACAGAAGAGAGUGACAUACUACAAUAUUUAGAUGCAGAAUAUAAAAAUGAAGUUAUCACAUACAUAGCUGGUUAUAUAUUAAGAAAACUGAGGAAAAUUUUGCAUUGUUGAAGUAUUAAUUAAACAAAAUACAAACGUUAAUUGUAAUUUAAUAAAUAUUAAAAACAGGGGGGCAUUACUAUACCCAUCAGAAACGCUUGUAUAUAUUUGCAAACAAAUUGAAAAUGGAUUAACCGUUUAUAUGUAUACAUAUGAAUAAAACACUGGACCAAUUUAAUAUGAAUAAGUUUACAUACGAAAUGAUGAUUUACUUUGUAGAUAAGAAUAUAUUUUUAGAAUUAAGAGACCACAUUAAUGAUCAAGAUUUUUUCGACAAUCACUGUAAUCAUUUAUUGCGUACUGUUAUACAGUUGUAUGCGAAAACAAGAUUAACGCAUUAUAUACAAAAUGCAGAAAUAAGCGAUCGACAUAAAUUGAAUAAAUUAAUAUUAUUUAAAGGUCAAUAAAAAAAAAAACAUAUAUAUUGAAAGAGUCAGAUUAAAAUAAA